AUGUCUGGUCGCGGCAAGGGUGGAAAGGGCCUGGGCAAGGGCGGCGCCAAGCGCCACCGUAAGGUUCUGCGCGACAAUAUCCAGGGCAUCACCAAGCCCGCUAUCCGGCGCCUGGCCCGGCGCGCCAUGUCUGGUCGCGGCAAGGGCGGAAAGGGCCUGGGCAAGGGCGGCGCCAAGCGCCACCGUAAAGUUCUGCGCGACAACAUCCAGGGCAUCACCAAGCCCGCCAUCCGGCGCCUGGCCCGGCGCGGCGGCGUCAAGCGCAUCUCCGGCCUCAUCUACGAGGAGACCCGCGGGGUGCUGAAGGUCUUCCUGGAGAACGUGAUCCGCGACGCCGUGACCUAUACGGAGCACGCCAAGCGCAAGACCGUCACGGCCAUGGACGUGGUCUACGCGCUCAAGCGCCAGGGCCGCACGCUCUACGGCUUCGGCGGCUGAUGCGCUCGGACCGC